AUGUCGUACGGUCUUACAAAGCUGACCUUCUCAGUUCCAGAAGUUGAGGACUAUUUGAGAAGUUCGCUGUGUCUUUUAAAGGUAAUUAAAGGCGUGUCAAUCUUGCUCUAGAUAUAGUAAUUUAGAGAGAAUCAAGAGAAGUAAGAAAUUAUUUUUAUGAAGGUAGUGGCCAGUUUUUAGACGAUCCCGAUAGUUUGCUUCACUGGUGAAACAAAACGUUUUCAAUAAUCGGGGGUAUGCUCGAUAUAUUAGAAAGCUUUAAUGCUAGGGCUAUGCGCUUUGUUGUAGUAUGGAGUCCUAUUAAUGGUUGCUCCUGGGAGCUCAUCUGUGGUGCCUUUAUCCUAAUCUAUCGAUUUGUACACCCCACCUUUUUCACUCCAGGCCUGUUAAUCGCAUACCCAUUCCCUUUAAUUCAGUUUCUCACUGUUCCAUUUCAUUUUUUGAAAUGUUACGAGGCAGAGUAACUGUAGACCCAUGAAGUACUUGGGGUUGUUGAACAGCCAUGGCGAGCCAACUUUGCCAUUUACUCAUUAAACUUUUGACCCUCGAGAUUGACUAGCAUCUAAUUUCUUCUAACAAACAUUCUAACUGAAUCAAACAUUAGGAUCGUGAAGAACAAAGGAAAUGAUCACUAACUGAAAAAGCUCUUGAUUGUUAAACAAAUUCUCCCUGCCAACCCCUUACAAAGUGUACCAAGAACAGUGUGAAGAGUAUGCAUACUGAUGUUAGGUCUGUCAAGUUAAGGUUUUGCUGACUGUAGGUGAUACCUAGCACCAUGUAAUUUUCUUAGACAGUGACCUAUGAAAAAUCCUAAAUAAAGCUCUGAAAGGCAAAUUUUCUCUGUUAAGACAGGAACAUGAUGUGAGUGAUAGUACUACUGGAUUUGAUAAGCUACUGAAGGCACUUGUUACUCCACCUUUGUACACUGUUGUGAGGGUUAAUACUCUGAAGACAACAGUUCAAGAUGCACAGCAGGAAUUACAGAAGAUUUUGGAGGAGGUAUGUGAGAGCUAAGCUUAUUUUGAGUAGCUAGCCCCUUGGUUAUUUUCUCUAUAAAAUGUAAAAAAAAUAUUUUUACAACAGUGAGGUAGGUAAAGCUUGGUGAUGUUUUGUUAAAGAUCUUGUAUAUGGAUGUGACAAUGUUUCCCUGGUUAGGUUUAAUAGCCAACAUAACAGUGAUGGUGGGUAGGUUACAAGGGCUGGUCUCCCCCAAAGCUGAGAUAGAACAGUGGUAAAAGCAUCUAAAUCCAUGCCCAGGUUCAAUUCCUAAAUCCUGAUGUCACAAAUGUGUUUGGUUUGUUUUUCAUUCUUAACCUUACUUUGAGUGCAUUUUUCGGUUCUUUUGCUUCUUCACUUGACAAAAGACAUUCCUUCAAAUCCUAAUUCAACUUGGAAUCAGAGGAUCUCCUUGGUGGAGGUGCCAUUGCUUGAUUCUUCACAAGUAUUUAUUGGUUACUUUCAGAGUUGGAUUUGGUUUAAAUUAAAAUGGGUAUCACUUUAUUUAGGUUCACUAGGAGCUGAAACAUAAUAAGCGUAACAUAUCCCUUGUACUUUCAUAUAUCAUUUGUAAUUCUCCUUACUGUCUCUCAUACAAUUCUUUUAAUGUUAGUUUGUAGAAAUUGAUAUUGGAUCAUCUAAUAAUCCCCUACCUUUUUAUCUUUAUUUGCAUGACUUGUCUGUGUGGUGUCAAAUACAUAUUAUAAGGAGAAAUUCUGUCUUGGUCACCCAGGGGGAGUUAGGGGCUUAAUAUACAUCUUACUCCUUGAAUGAGAUAAGGUAAAACAUGCAAACAAAGGAUCAUUCAAAUUGAUAAAAGCAAGAACUGCAUCCUAUCAAAAUAAAUGUUGUACUAUAACAAAUAAGUUGCAUUUUGAUUGAAGGAGGGCAAGGAAGCAAGACAACAUCAUUACAAAAUGAUCCUGCAUGAGCAAUUGAACGAUGUCUUGCUAAUCCAUGGAUUUGGCCCAGACACUAAUCUUGUACCAGUUGUAAAGGAGAUUAUUGUUGAUUCCAACUGUGGGGCUGCAAUACUUAGAGGGGCAGAUAUCUUUGCUCCUGGUGUCAUGGCAGCUCACCCUGGUGAGUAUUUACAUGUAACUCCCCAAGACAUCUUAAGAUAAGGCAUGUACCUCAGAGAGAGACAGGGGAGAGAGAGCUCCAAUAAUCCUUUGACCCUAAAGAGUGACUAACAUCUAGUUUCUCCUUACAGUAUCACCACUGAAUUAAAAAUAAAGUUAUAAGAAUUAAGGAAAUAAUUUUCAAGUGAAGAAGCUCUUGAUUGAUAAACAAAUUCUCUUUGAAAGUUUCUUUGUAACUGUAUAGAAAACAGUAUGGAGAAUCUGCAUACUGAUCUUAGUGUGUAAAGGGUCAAAUGGGACUCAAAGUUAGGGAUAUUGGGAAAAAUGCCCUGGGAAACCAGAAAAAAUGCUGAGAUUCUUGUGGUAGAUAGUGCCUGAUUUAAGAGGAGGAACUAUUUUCCUUACUAGCUCUGGCAGCUCUUUUGGUUUGAAAAUCUUAAAAUUUAUGUAUACCUGGAUAAAUCCCUUUCAUAUGGCCAUGUUAUUUUCAUUCUCUCUUAAACCUUUCCUCAGGCUGGUUUUAAUGUGGCGUUGUAUGUACAGUAAUAUAGCAGAAACAGAGACAUAUGCAGUUAGAAUGGAUAGCAUUAUGAUGUGGGAAUGUGAUAAAUUACUUUUAUUUAACAUUCAUUUAUAGGCAUGGAAAGUGGAGACACAGUCUCAGUUUAUGCCGAUCUGGAAGGGAAAUGCCGUAAAGGUCUUACCAAACAUUACAAUGGUAAGAGGGUAUUUUUGGGAAAUGGAACAGCUGUCCUUGCCAGGAAAGAUCUAUUCUGCUCACAAGAACAUGUGAGGUAAUUGUUUUGGCUACAGUUAGAGGUCUUUUUAAUUCUCAUCAUGACAAACUUGACUUUUUUUUUGUGAAUUCUUUGCUAACUGUCAAUCCAGAGAGCAUGUUAAAACAUGUAACAAUUCAGAUUACCUUUAUUUUCUUGCAUGAUUUGUUGUAGUGUUUCUCAUGGAAGACUGAGGUAGAUGCCUUAUCUGCUAUGUGAACUCAUUUGCAGAAGGGUUAGGGCAAUGAUGCCUCAUUACUGUUGGAUUUUUUAGGCAUGGAUAAGCCUUAGAGGUUGUUUAAUUUGCAUCUUUGUUUUCUUUCCAGUGGUGUGGCAGUUCAUAUGACAUCUCCUUUGUUCAGCUGUCCAUCACUGGGGGGAGUGCUUCCUCAUCUGCUGUUCCUUCAAAACUUGCCGUCUGUGGUGGUUGGACAUAUGUUGGACCCUCAACCUGGUGAAGUCAUCUUAGACAUGUGUGCUGCUCCAGGUAAAAUAGACAAACCACUGCCACCUUUUAGUUUGGAAAUGGGUUAUAUUAAGUCUUGAGGUCUUAAACACUUGAUUGCCCAUUGUUAUCAGUGCUAAUCCUGAUGUCUUAAUUUUGAUGAGAAUGGGAAUUUGCCCACCCUUCCCCAGAAAUGAGUGCCAGUCCAUCAUGGCUAACCCCUACCCCCUCUAAGCAUUUUAUCAAGUUUCCUAGAAAGUUAUUAAUACCUAGUGACAGUGUUAUGGAUAAUAACUGUAAAAUACAUAUCUAGAAAUUUCUAGAAUGCUUAGUCAUGAUGACAUGCAUACCAUGGAAAAUUCUGAAGAGAGGCAGUGUGAGAUUAAACUGUCUUGCUGGAGACUACAGAACAAUAUCCCAGCUUGGGUUGAACUCAGACCUUUUGGUCAUGAGAAAAGUGUGCUUUCCAUACCCCUUUGAUAUGUGAUUAUAUGCAAGAAUCAUAGCCAACAGCUGGGAGCAUGCUACCAACUCACUCCUGUGUUGACAAUUACUUUAUUGUAUACACCUACUAACAAUCUUACUGUUAUAACAAAGACAAAGAAGCUCUUUCAAGCAAAAUAGUUGAAGUUGUUUUAGAAUGUACAGAGUGUUUUUACAUUGCCUUACAUUUGUUAUUUUAGGUGGAAAAACCACUCAUGUGGCCUCCCUCAUGGGAGACAAGGUGAGCUUUUAAAAAAAAAAAUAUUUUAGUGAUUAGGUGUAGCAUUAGCUUUUUCUUUGUUUGCACCUAAGAAAAUUGUUAAAUCAAAGAACUGAUGAGUCAGUGAUAGGCAGUGACAGCCAAAUACCUCUGAAAUAUGUUUUUGGUUGAAUCUUCUUUUAUUCAAAUGCAUUGCCUCCUAUGUCAACUCUUUGUCCUCCUAAGUUAAACAUAUUUUAGGACAUUGCAUGUUUCUGAAUUGACAGUUGGGGUCAUGGGUAUUUAACAAUUAAGACUUUUAUCCUCUGUCCCUUUUCUGAAUUGUGUAAAGAUUAAUUUUACCCCUUUAAUUCCCAUGAGGAACCAAGACAGGAUUUCUCCUUACAAUAUCAAUACAAUAUCAAGCAGACAAGUGAUGAGAAUAAAUAAAAAUCUUAAUUAGGGGAUUAUUAGUUGAUCCAAUACUAAAUUCUCCAAACUAACAUCAGAAGAAAUAUAUGGCAGACAGUAAGGAGAAUUACUGAUGAAAUCUUGGGAGUAAAAGGGUUAAAGAAAGUUAGGUUGUUAUUCUGUUUUUUUUAAGGGUGUGGUAAUUGCUUUUGACAAGAGUGAGCCAAAAGUAGCCAAACUGAGAGCAAACUGUGAAAAGCUUGGUAUCCAAUGUGUAAAGAGUUUUAUAUAUGAUGGUGUUAAGUCUCUCGACUCUGAGAAACAUUACGGUGAAGAAAACAGUAAGUGUAUGUUGCUUUCUAAAAUAAUACAAUUUUUGGACAAUUGGUUGUAAUUUGGGAAAUGGAACAAAGUGCCUAUCAUUGUGGUAACAUUAAGCUGAGCUGUAGUGUUGUCUUUUGUAACUGUGGAAAGUCUGGACAAAAAGUAAUUUGAGAAACCCAAUCAACGGCUGAUCACAGAAUAUAAAGGAAAAAGGGAGAAAUGCAGUGAACCGAUGAUAUUUCUAAAUAGAAUACUGUUUUCUUUCAUCUAAGUGGUAAAGAGUGUGGCUGGAGUUUAUUUAACCAAUCACAGAGUGCACUGAAAAUAAAUCAAGAACAAAUAAGGUGUACCUCAUAAUACUAUUUACGUGAAUGAGUAUCGCAUUUACAUUAAUCCUCCUUCGCUUUCUGUUUAGCUUUUCUCUCGACGUCCCCACCCUACCCGUGUGGUAGUUUUGACCGCAUUCUUCUCGAUGCGCCUUGUAGUGCUUUGGGUCAGCGUCCUCAGUUUUUCGUCAGAAUGACUUUAAAAGAGUUACAGUCUUAUCCGAGGUUACAAAGAAAACUCUUUACAACUGUAAGUUGAAAAAAAUAAUUACACCUAAAGGAUCGUUUACUGUUACUUAAAUUGUCUCAUUAAUUUUUUUUUUAAUGUCUGAUAAUGAUACAUGUAACCAUCUUCCAUCGGACGCUGUCAUCAUUUGACCAACGGUCCUUUCAUUGUUUGUAUGGCUACUCAUCUCGCGCUUGGUUGUAACUACGUAGGCAGUGGGCUAAUAUAUCUAAAUCCUCGUCCACGCUCGAAACUUCAGCUUUAAAGGGUGUUGGCCAAUCUACAUUAUCAACUCAGUUAAUAAAACCCCAAUUUAUUAUCUUGUAAUACUCCUUAUCGACGCAACGCCACCGUUUCUAGAAACUUCGGCCUGUUUAUACAAAAAACGAGGUGUUUAUGAAAGACUUCGCCUCUAAACCCAUUUUCGAAACUCUCCAUUUUCAUAAAAGCACUCUGGCUUUUUAUGGGUUGUCAUGAAAACGCAUCGUUUUGGAAACGCUCCUUUUACUUAAAUGAAAGCGAAGCUUUUGAAAACGGUUUGGAGGAAAGCGUCGCAUAAUGGUGCUCUUACCAUUGUCUUCCAGCGUUUUUUUAUAGGGGGAAUGUAAGCAAAAGCUCAUCAAGAUGUUGGUAUUUUCAAGUAAAUACGCGACUUUGUGAACGGCUGAAACUGAUUCGAGAACGGUUUUAUCUAUGAAAGUAAUUUGCUUUAUAUUAGUUGAGACGAAAAAGGAUGCUUUAGCAAACUUGCCAGGAAAGGCGAUUUCAGGAGAUCCUUAAAAACCAGUCUUGCAACAUUUUGUAUGAGAGAAAUGAAACCUUUUAUAACUUAACACUCGAUUAAAAAUCUCUCUGAGCAAAUAGUAUAUUUUGUCUACUUUUUCCCCUGUACUGACCCUAUCCGUUGCUUUCUUGUAGGCUGUGGGGUUAUUAAAGGAAGGAGGGGUACUUGUUUACUCUACUUGUACUAUAACUCCACAAGAAAAUGAAGAACAAGUAGCUUGGGCUCUGAAGUCAUUUCCUUGCUUGAAAUUAGAUAAACAGGUCAGGUAUCAUUCUUUAAUUUAUGACUAAUUAUCCAGUCAGUGAUUUAGUCUCUUGUGCUCUAUUCAGCCCCAGUUUACGUUGCAGAAACUCGUCUUAGUCUCGGUGAAAUUGUGGGUUAUUGGGCUUGACAUGUCUUUUAAGGGUGAAGGGAAAAUAUUUCAUGCAACAUGUGUCUUAUAAGAUCUCUGUUCUAAUAUUUUGAGGUUGCAUGAGGAAUUUUUGAAAGCUGUCGGUACCUGUAAUGUAACCAAUGAAGGUCAACAAAUACUUAGGUGCAAGAAUACAGCCAAAGAUAGCAAGGAUGGUCAAGAAUGGAGACGAUUGACACGGAUUGAAAAUAACAAACCUGAUUUAAUUCCUUUCGGCGAAGUUCAUCGCGUUAAUCCAAAAAAAUCAGUGGGAAAAAAUAGACAAUAACAAAUCGUUGUUAGUACGCCGCGCAGAACUCUGGGAACGAGGCGCGCGAGAAGUGUGUUGCGAGCGUAACGCAGAGGUCAAACUCUCUCGCCCUAGACACAAUUUUUUUGGCUGUUUUUUUUUGGACUUGCGCGACGAACUUUGUCGAAAAGGAUGAACUGCUCGGAAUCUUUUUCUUAGUCGACGUUUUGUUUCUUUUUCUUACAGACACCUCAUCUGGGAGGACCAGGUCUUCGUACUUGUGGUCUCUCAGAUGAUGAAUGUCAAUUGGUACAGCGGUUUGAUCCGACUAAAGUUAAUGUUACGGACACAGGAGGAUCUCAGUGUAAUGAAGAUACUAUCGGUUUCUUCAUUGCUAAGUUUAUUAAAAAGAAAAUUUUAUAAAA